UUUUUGCAACCUUAAUUUUAGUGAUGUAUUUAAAUGGUCAACGCCUAACUCCAUAUUUCUCUAUCAUCAUCAACUACCCUUAACAGCAACCAACAGUGUCAUUGGAUCCUCCGAUAACAAGCCAACCAGAAAUUCCUCUCGAACCUCAAGCUAUCUCUCAUUCAUGGCUGACAGCAAGAACAGCGAAUUAACUGGAGAAGAAAGUGAAGAGGAACGAGUGGACGAGAGGAAGUACUUCCAGAAGGUGCUUGACGACGUCGUGAGCCUCAACUCCCUCUUCACUGUUGCCGUCUUCGUCGGCCUCUCCUUCGCCCAGCCGGGCAAAGUUCAGAGCCUCGAGGAUGACAACACUUGCCACUCGGACACCAAGAUGCGUAAGCGGCUCGUGGCCUUUGAGAUUGCCUCCUUCAGCUGCUUCGUCUUCUCCGGCUUCCUUGCCAAGACCGUCAAGAUCUACCUCUACAUCUACAAGAAGCACGACGACUUACCUGACAGCGCCAAGAAGAACCCACAACGCCAGUGGAAGAGCCUCGUUGGGUUUUAUUUGUCAAUCUACGGGACCAUAGCCGGUUGCCUGCUGCUGCUCCUGGCCAUGGUCAACGUGGUCCAGAUCAAGCUCGGCCGGCUCUCGUGCAACGGCGAUUUCACAGUCAGCACUGUUUCUGUCAUGGUCGGCACCAUUGGCCUCAGCCUGCUGAUCUACUUCACUGCAGUGACCUACGGCCUGUUGUUCACCGGCAAGAACGCGCUGUACCAAGGCAAGGCGGCAGAGACCAGCAAGGGCGUUCCCGUCGAGGUUAGGAAGGUGUGACGAUGAGAAGCGAGAAAUUAAUUAGAAGGGCAAUCUAAAAUACGAUAGACUUAUCAUGUAACGUAUAUCCAAUAAGACAAUAUAUCAUAGGUCCAUGUGAGUAUAGUACAUCUUAAAUGAUGGUGUUAUGUUGUGGUGCAUUUCAUGAUUCUUGCGCAUCCUUUGAGUGAAUUUUUAUCUGAUAGUCGACAUUGAUUU